GAGAGAGAAAAAGAAGAAAAUUUGCUAAAAAAAAGAUAGACAAAUGGAGCUUGAGAGUUAUACUCAUGUGGUUCAUGAACACCCGAUGAGUCUGAUCCCAUACUCGGUCAACGAAAGGGGUCACAACUCUUGGUGCUCUGGUUGUUGGAGAUUCAUUUUACCCGGAGAUGCAACUUACGGUUGUAGCCUCAAGUGUGGAUUUCGUAAGUUGUUACACAAAGAAUGCAUGGAAAUGCCGCGAGAGAUUAAGCAUCCUUCACACCCUCUCACACUCCAGGUAGUUCCACGCAAACUUCAUGGAUUAAUAAAAUGUGUAGUUUGUAAACAGGGUGUGUCCGGGUUAAGCUACGGAUGCAGUGAUGGAUUGUGGAUCCACAUGCCAUGUGCAGAUGAUGUUGGUAAUGAUAAGAAAGAAAAGCAGCGACGAAUAAAGCAUCCGAGCCACCCUCAACAUGAGUUACGUUUUUCAAAGAAAACGAGGUGGUGUCCAUUCCCCUGCGAUGCAUGUGGUGUCACUCAACAGGGGGACUCCUACAUCUGCACUGGUUGCGACUACUCCAUACACGAGAGUUGCGCACUCCUCCCACCGUCUGCAGACUUCCCUCAUCAUCACCAUGCUCUUUCCCUCGCCUUUUCUCCUCCGUCUGAGUACAUCCGAUAUGAAUUUGAUUGUGGGAUGUGCAACUCAACUUUGUCGUUGAGACGUUGGGUCUAUCAUUGCCACCUUUGCAGAUAUGUCGUCCAUCUCAAAUGUGUAGCCUCCAAAUUUGAUAGUGACAAUGAAAAUGCAAAAGCAAAUGAUGAUGAGAAAGAGGUUACCAUAUUCCCAAAAGCAAAAGAAGACUUGUAUGAGGAGAUGAUCAGGCCAUUCGUUAAGCAACAAAAAGAAAAAGAACAGAUUUCCAUCCCUCAUCAUGAUAAUGACAAUCACAACAUCGGUGGCAAGUAUAGCUUCUCCAAUCAUCCUCAUCUACUAACUUUUACUACAUUUUCUUCAGCUUCAUCGUCUUCUCAUGAUCAGUACAAAAUAGAUGAAGAUGAUGAAGAUGAUCCUGACAAUAUUCCAAGAUGGGAAUUAAUAUGUGAUGGGUGCACACUGUCUAUACAAGAAAAGAAGCAAACCGAAGAUGAUGAUUACUAUGAGCAUGGUUACAUGAGUUGUGAUGAAUGCAAUUACUUUCUCCAUUUAUCCUGCUUCAACUUACCACUACACAGCCCUUCUCUUCCAAUUCAUCCUUUCAAAGAUCACAACCUAACACUUAAAAAUGCUAGAAAAUGGAUGUAUUGUUUUGUUUGUAAUAGCUAUACGAAUGGGCUCUUCUACAGGUGUACCAAUCAAUAUUGUGGGUACACAAUAGACAUCAAGUGUGCUUCUCUACCCAACACCAUAAAACACGCAGCUCAUCCGCGACACAGUUAUCUCACGCUAGUCACAAGCGAGAGUUAUUACGAUGUUGGUUUCUGUGUUAACUGUAAUGCGCAUGUAGCCAUACAAUUGGGACACUACAAAUGCAAUAGUUGUAGAUUCAGUGUGUGUGGUAAAUGUGUGAUGCUACCAGCAACAAAUAAGCAUAGAUUGGAGAAUCACUUGUUACCGUUGACAUAUGAUGCCCGUGUUAACCGUCCUGGUGAGUUCUACUGCAGCAGCUGUGAAGACCAAAUAAACCCCAAAAGCUGGAUGUAUCAUUGCCGAGACUGCGAUCAAUCCUUUGAUCCCAAAUGCUUUCCUGCUACGUCGGGUUUGUUUAGAAACAUCAAAUAUGGGACACGACAGUAUAUGAAUUCCAGUAUUCAUGACCACCCUCUUAGAUUUCAAAUCAUAACCAAGAAUAGGAGAUGUGGCCUAUGUCGUAAGGACGAGUAUGAAAUUUCAAUGUGUGUCACUGUCAUGCUUCUUUGUCAUGUGUUCUACAUGCGGUACGAGACGCAUGGGUGAUGCCAUCUGAUUGUAGAUUGUUGUGUUCAUAUUAUGUGCUAAAUGUGUUUUGUUCUUUUAUCUUUAUAUCUUUUUGAUAUAUAUUGUUUACAAAAGUUUUAAAAUUCUUGUGCAUUUACUGAUAUUCGGCCAACAAAGCUGUUAUGAAUAUAAGGCUUUCCAAAGCAAUGAGGAUGCAUGAUAAGAUCAAGUGGAGCAUACAAUACAAGAUCAAGAAGUGGAAGUUUGAAAGUUAGUUGAGACUAACGGCUACUAGCCGUUUGGAGCUCGUUUGUUAGCUGCGGUUUUUCAACCGAUUCUUGAGAGAAUUUCUUGAUUCUUUCUUUGUUGUGUAGCAAGUAUAAAUGCUUGUAAUUCUUAGU